AUGCAAACACGUUCAAUAUUAGAUACAAGUUCAAAUAAUUUAUUUACAAAUAUUGAACGAUUAGGUACACAUGAUUUAUUAUCCUAUGGACAAUUUUCACAUGAUACUAUAUUAACAUUAAUCCGAAGUAAUAAUACAUUACCAUUAUCAGCUAAUGGUUUUGUUUUAACAUUAUCAUUACAAAUUCUAAUUGAAAUAUAUGUAAUAUAA